AUGCAUCGGCAUCGAGUCAAAAUGAAGGGUUCGAGUGUACCCAGCCAAGCUGAUACUUUUGGCGAGAUGAAGGAACGAUACGACAUACCCCCUCACUUAUUUUCCAAUCUCUCGAAAUGCGGUUAUUCUCACCCCACUAGCAUUCAGUCCAGCGGCAUGCCCGUGUUGUUCGAGUCCCGCGACCUUGCCGCCAUAUCCCCAACUGGCACAGGGAAAACUUUGUCUUACCUCUUUCCAGUCCUAUCAAAAUUAGCCUGUCCUCUUUCGGCAUCUCAGGACCCUACCAAGAAAGGUGCACGAGCCCUGAUUUUAGCACCAACGAGAGAGUUGGCACAUCAGAUCCACAACGAAUGUCUGAGGCUCACGCAAGGUCGGAAAUGGAGGAUAGUUCUCUUCAGCAAGGCGACAGCCAACAGUUUGGCAAACAAGGCUGUACGGGACAAAGUUGACAUCAUCAUAAGCACGCCACUGCGUUUGAUUUCAUCUUACCAAGACGGAAAACUAGAAUUAAACAGUGUUCAGCAUCUCGUGCUCGACGAAGCCGAUCGCCUGUUGGAUAGGGAAUUUCUGCCUCAGGUCCAAGAAAUCGUAGGAGCGUGCAGUUUUUCGGGAAUACAGAAGGCGGUGUUUAGUGCCACUCUUCCUGCUGAAAUCGAGAAACUUGCUCUCGAGAUGCUUCGUAAUCCCAUCCGUGUUGUCGUUGGAUUGAAGGACACACCUCUUCCCCUGAUUUCUCAAUCUUUAACCUAUGUUGCGGAUGACCCUUCAAAGCUUCCCAGUCUUCUGGCGUACCUUUCGCAGCCAUACAACCCACCCGUACUUGUUUUCACUUCCUCACAACCUCGAGCAACGUCGCUAGCAGAAGAACUCGUGCUGAACGGGAUCUCAAACGUUGAUUGUCUUCAUGCAGGGCUGACUAGAAAGGAACGUGAAGAUACUAUCAGUAGAAUGCGUCAGGGACAAAGCUGGGUGUUGGUUAGCACAGAGGUCUUGGCUCGGGGUAUGGACUUUCAAGGAGUCAGAGAAGUCAUCAAUUACGACUUUCCGACAACCGUACAAAGUUAUGUUCAUCGUAUCGGUCGCACGGGUAGAGCUGGUCGAGAAGGGAAGGCUGUCACAUUUUUUACGGAUGAAGACGGGCCUUAUUUGAAGACAAUUGCGAAUGUCAUUCUCCAGUCUGGAUAUACUGUGCCUGAUUGGAUUCUCAAGCUCCCUAAACCUUCGAAGAUGAAACGAAAGCAAAUGGGGAAGGUGAAACGCCCCGACGUUGUAAACACCGCGCGCAGAGUAGGCCGCAAGGAUGCAAUCAAAUUGAGGUAUUUUUCUCUUGCGAUUGAGGGUCGCCCUUGUUGA